AUGGCAGACAAGGAAGCCACUGUCUUCAUCAUCGACCUCGGCGCGUCCAUGACCGCGACCAAUGGAGGCCGGAAGGAAUCAGACCUCGAUUGGAGCAUGAGCUAUGUGUGGGACAAGAUUAGCAACGUCGUCGCCUCCAACCGCAAGACACUCUGUGUUGGCGUGGUGGGACUCAGAACCGACGAGACCAACCACACGCUGGGCGAGGACGGUUACGAGAAUAUCUCUAUCCUGCAGCCGCUGGGGCCAAUGACAAUGACCAGUCUCAAGAAUCUUCAGUCCAAAGUGAAGGCCAGCGGGACUGUGGACGGUGACGCCAUAUCAGCCAUUGUGGUUGCUGUCGACAUGAUUGACACCUACACAAAGAAGAAUAAGUGGAAGCGGCAGAUUUGCCUGGUUACCGACGGCCGCGGGGAGAUAGACCCUGAUGACAUUGACGACAUUUCGAAAAAGAUGCGCGAGUCGGGUAUUGAAUUGACAGUCUUGGGCGUUGACUUUGAUGCCCCCGAUUAUGGCUUUAAGGAAGAGGACAAGCCUUCAAUCAAGAAACAAAAUGAAGAGACUCUAAGAAAACUAGUGGAUGGUUGCGGUGAAGACUCAAGGUUUGCUUCCAUAGUCGAAGCUAUUGACGACAUGAACGAGCCACGGGCAAAGUCAGUCAAGCCGUACAAGGCAUAUGACGGCCUUCUGACCUUGGGAGACCCGAAAAACGCCCCUGCAGUGGUGGAAAUCCACGUGGAGAGAUACUUCAAGACACACCUUGCUAGGCCACCAACAGCCAGUACUGUGGUGAUCAAGGAAGAGCAAGCUGGGGGUUCACAAGAAGCAGAUGAUGAGAAAAUGGAUGGAGUGGAGCUUACGGCCGUUAAGCAGGCUAGAACGUACAAGGUCAAUGAUCCGGAUGCUCCAGGUGGCAAGCGUGACGUCGAGUUUGAGUCUCUGGCCAAGGGGUACGAGUAUGGCAGGACAGCAGUUCACAUCAGCGAGUCUGACCACAACGUCACCAAGCUAGAGACGCAGAAGAGCUUCAAGAUUAUUGGCUUUGUCCAAAAAGAAAAGUAUGAGUUGCUGCUUAACCUUGGCGAAAGUUGCGUCACCAUUGCCGCCAAGUUCGACGAGAAGUCGGAGCUGGCAUUCAGCUCUCUGGUGUGGGCACUUUCGGAGCUUGACUCGUACGCCGUGGCCCGUCUGGUGGCCAAGGACGAAAAGGAGCCUAUAAUACUGUUGCUGAUGCCUCACAUGGAGCCCAAUUACGUUUGCCUAUACGAUGUACCUCUACCGUUUGCAGAAGACAUUAGACCGUACCAAUUCCCCCCAUUGGACAGAGUUGUUACUGUCAGUGGUCAAACACUCACCAGCCAUCGCCUGUUGCCAUCGGAUGAACUCAACCAGGCAAUGAGCGAUUACGUGGACGCCAUGGAUAUAUCAAAUUAUGGGAUUGACGAGGAUGGGGAGCCUGCCGAAUAUGCCACCAUUGAUGAGAUAUACAACCCUGCAAUACAUCGCACCAACCAUGCAAUCAAGCAACGAGCAGUUCACCCAGAGAGGCCAAUACCGGAAAUCCCCCCAGUCUUGCUCAGAUUUGCAGCUCCUCCGACGGAACUGAUCGAGACAGUGCAAGCCAAGAUUGAUUCUCUAGUCCAGGCUGCAGAUGUCAAGAAAGUGCCACCCAAGGCUAAAGGUAAACGUCAAAGAGAAGCGGUCAAGCCCAUCUCGGGGCUGGACGUGGAUGCUCUUUUGGGAGAAGAAAAGAAGGGAUCAAUUAGUCCCGAAAAUGCAAUUCCCGAUUUCAAGCGAGCCUUGAACUCGUCAGAAGAGGUUGAACAGAUUGCAGAGGCGACCAAGCAGAUGGGAGCCAUUGUACGAUCUCUCAUCACAGACAGCUUUGGGGACAGCAAAUACGCUCAAGCAAUGGAGGGUAUCGGGGCGAUGAGAGAGGAGCUCACAAACCUGGAAGAGCCCGGGCUGUACAACGAUUUCGUGCGCGACCUGAAGAAAAGCUUGCUUUCUGGGGCUCUGGGCGGCGACAGGCGAGACUUUUGGUUCAAGCUGAGGUGGGCGAAACAGGGGCUGAUUGACAAGAAACUGUUGGAGGUAUCGACAGUUACGCCUGAAGAGGCAGAUGAGUUUUACAAAUCAAGAUGA